CCCCGCGCGACGUACACACUCGCCGCGGAUCCAUGAGGCACCACGGAUCACCCUCACAGUGACUUGUGACGUCAUCGUCGGAUCCAAAUUGGCGGUAGGCCAAAAAAAUAAAAAACAAUAAUCUAAGAGCGACCCAGAAACCAGCCCCAGGAUGAUAGGGCUGAUACUAUUCUGGGUGAUGUGUUCGCUGUAUGCGUACUGGAUGUGGCGACAGAGGGCUUCCAAGUCUGACAACGAGCCCCCGGCCUUCCCGGGGGCUCUGCCCCUCAUCGGCCACGCGCACUUGCUUAUUGGAGACAGCCAUUAUUUAUGGAAGGUCAUACACGAUUUGACAGAUGGAUGCAUUAAAUUAGAUGGAGUUAUAUCAGCUUGUAUUGGACCACGGACUAUUUAUGUAAUAUGUGACCCGGACGAUGCCAUGACAGUGGCAAACACUUGCUUAGAGAAAGAUGGUUUCUACGAGUUCGCUAAACCUUGGCUUGGGGAAGGUUUGGUCACUGGAAAACUGUCAGUCUGGCGCGGCCACCGUAAGCUCCUUAAUCCAGCCUUCAGCCAGCUCGUGCUGGACGGUUUUCUCGGUGUCUUCAACAAGCAAGCUCGCCGGCUGGUGCGGGAUCUGGAAAAUGAAGUCGGGAGGGGGCCCUUCGAUCACUGGACUUACACCAGGCACAAUGCCUUGGAGACUAUUUGCUUGACGGCGUUAGGCGUAGACUUCACAGACCACACACUCCUGAACAGAGAGUACGUUCAAGCCACGGAGGAGAUGUUCAACGUCCUAGUGGAACGCUUCCAGAACAUACUGAUGCACAACCACUGGAUGUACAGCUGGACCGGGCUCAAGAAGAAACAGGAUCGACUGCUCAAGAUCUUGCACAAUAUGGCUCAUACGGUCUUGCAAAGAAGAAAAUCGGAAAUAAACGGAAACAUUGUCACUGAAAAACUUACGGAAAAGAAGUUAGGCAGCAAAUUCAAGGCAUUUCUGGAUCUAUUGCUAGAACUGACUGUUGAGAAGAACGCGUUUACCGACCAGGAGAUCAGGGAGCAGGUGGAUACGAUGAUCGUCGGCGGUCAUGACACGUCGGCCAGCGUGCUUAUGUACACCAUGCUGUUGAUAGGCUCCAGGCCUGAUGUGCAGGACCGUAUUGUUAAGGAGUUGGAAGAGGUGUUCGGCGACUCUGAUAGGGACGCAGAAAAACAUGACCUGUGCCAGCUGGUCUACCUGGAAGCCGUAAUCAAGGAGUGCAUGAGGGUCAUCCCGAUAGUACCCGUCGUCGCCAGGAAACUUGAUAGGAAUGUCAAGCUCAGAAACUGUACGCUCUCCGCUGGCCGAACAUGCUUCAUCUUCCUCUACGGGGUGAACAGACAUCCGAUCUGGGGUGAGGAUGCGCAGGAGUUCAAGCCAGAGCGGUGGCUGGAUCCUGCCACCUUGCCUGACCAUCCUAAUGCCUUCGCCGGGUUCAGCAUGGGCCGGCGACAUUGUAUUGGUAAAGCUUACGCUCUAAUGUCAAUGAAGACGACUCUCGCGCACGUCAUGCGUCACUACCGCAUCAAAGGAGACUACACCAAGCUAGAAAUGAAACUGGACGUUAUGCUCAAACCAGUCGCCGGCCAUUACAUCUCUGUGGAGCGGAAAGAGUAAAUAAAUUGAGUAGAGUUAGUAGAGUACCACGUUGGAUUAACAGAAAGCUCGGUGAGGUGUGGGUACUUAGUUUAUCUUGCAAUGGAUGUACCUGUGAUUACCCAUAUCGGGAUAAAGUUGUGAGCUUAUGUUAUGAGUUAGUAGAGUAUUAAUGUUAGAUUAAUGUAUUCGGCGAUUCUUACACGAUACCGCGCCGACGCGGUUGGGGGUGAAGCGGUCGGCGUGGUCGCAUUGACUUGUAUGUAAUCCGCUGAUGCCCGACGCACGAA